AUGCAGAUAAGUACGAAUGGAUUGGUUGCCUUCACAAAUGACACCAGUAAAGCAGAGGUCAAUAAUGUGGACUGGAGCAAGGAUGAUAUAUCUCCUUUCUUAGACGUACCCGUCAUAGCUCCUUACUACCACGACGGAGAAAGAAUAGGUGUUCAUAGGGAUUACAACGGCAGUGUGGAGUAUGAACAACUUGGACCUACCAACCCAGACAACAGAACUUUGCGUGGCUUUAGGAAAUACUGCAGCUCCCAACAUGGAAAUGUCACAUCCACAAACGUACUCACUUGUACAGCAAGUUCUUGUCCGAGUAACACCUUCCAGUUGGUUUUGAUAACUGAUGGCAGGGAUUCCUUUGCAAUUUUGAACUAUGAGAAGAUGGACAUGUUACCUUGCGAAUAUUGUCAGGCCGGUUUUAACGGUGGCAACACGAUUGGCUGGACUGACAUCAUUUCUCAUCAACUUAGUAUUUACCCAACCUUUCCGGGAAUGUUUGGAGGUAAAAUGAUUGAUGUAUCCGGCCCCUGCUUUGAAAAGAAUCAGCAUUACAGAUGCAGAUUUGGACAGGGUACCGAUGAGAGUAAUGCCACGUACAUCAGCCCUAACCGUGUACGCUGCAUUGUGCCACGUCUAAUGGUCAGAGACAACAUCACUGUGUCUCUCAUUGCCAAUGGCAAAACAUACUUUACAGAUUUCUUCAUAGUGUUUCCCGGGAGACUGUCUCAGGGAGAACAUGUGCCUACUGUGUCUAGUAAGGAUAAUAUAACCUGGUACGAUCGCGACCCCUCACAGUUGACCUUGACCUGGAAGUCAGAGUUGCUUAGCAACAAUUCGAAUGACCGUGUGGAAAUAAACCUGAUUGGCUAUAAGGAAGAUAAUGAAAUGGGCUCAUACAAGCUUUUAACGAGUCUGGGCAGCAACAUCCCUGCCUCAGCGGGCACCUACACCCUGGACCCGAGGCAGCACCAGUGCUCAGGGAGCGACUGCCAGUAUGAGAUUGGACUGCUCGAGGUCAGACAGAUAGACAAAGCAUUCCCAAUGAAAUACAUGUAUCUGUCGAGUGAAGUGAUAUCCCUUGCUUGGUACGUCCAGACAUCAAUGCUAACACAGUAUGGAACCACUUGGCCUACUGACAUGUGUGUCAAGUGGUACAACCAAGACAAACAGGAUAUGAGCUGGCUGGAUGACUUGCUGAACUGCCCUUGCUCGCUGACUCAGGCUGUCUCUGAUUUUGGCCGAUGGCAGCCAGACGGUUCGUGCAACCUUCAGAAUGCAAAAAAUCCAAACAACUGCUUCUACCACACUACAGCAGUCCACUGUGUGAGAGCUGUGCAGCCAGUUCACGGAGCUUGCAACCAGUGCUGUUACAGUAGUACAGGACUUCUGAUCUACGCAGAGGACACGUUCCAGGGCAGUACGCCGGAUAAAAGGCACGAUUGGGGGGGGGCAGCCCCCUAUGGAAAAAAGUUUUAUGUUCCCAGCCUUUCCCACUGGCUGGAAGAUGUGGUUACAUUCUACUAUUGCUGCCUUUGGACUGGGUACAACUCAUGUGAUUACUACAUGGAUCAGAGGCCUACACAAAACUGUGCCGGCAACAACCCACCAAUACCUGCCAGUGUUUACGGUCAAGGUCAUGUAAUGACAUUUAGUGGGGUAUCACCGCGGCGUAUGUAUGGACCAGACCGUGUGGAGAUUCAGCUACGAGGUCCUGACUAUGACCGCAGCACUCAGCAUCUCAACGUGCGAGUCAACGGACAGAACAUAGCGUUCAACGAGAAAUCACUGUUCUGGCAAGAUUAUAAGGGCGUGGCCAUAGUGAACACGGACGACCGCAAUGAGCAGUCCAACUUCACUGUGCUGCUCUCCAAUGGUAUUGGCUUCCAGAUUGCAGAGCCUGCCAACACUCUCCAGAUAGACCUCAUGGUGCCCAGAGCAUUUAAUAAUGUCUUGGGUCUGUUCGGAACUCUUUCUGGACGCAUGCUCUUGCCAAAUGGAACAGCAAUUAACAUGAUGUAUCUCCGUGCAUCUGAUGAAUACAACAAAUUCCAGCUUGCAUGGGCUGUGCAGGAGAAUGGUAGCCUGUUCCGAACCCUCUUGCCUGCCAACCACUCCCUGCUGGGACCAGUCAAUGUUGAGCCAGCCCCUCUGAACACAGACAAUCCAAUCUUCUGCAAACAGAACCAGGAGCACACCGGAUCCGAGGCUAUAGCCAGGAGCAGCAUUCAAGCAGCAGAACGAUAUGCUUCCCUUCACAACAACUUGCAAACUGUGAGGUCAUGUGGCAUACUUGACGUGCCCCGGUCCAGGAAGACAAACUAUGAUUACACGUUGGGAACCACGACCACGAUAACCAGCUGCAGAGUGGGUCAGCUGCAGGGAACCGCUACCUACACAUGCGUAGAAACCUCCAAUGAGACCCAGGCAUGGUCCCCAGCUGUAGAUGCAGUCUGUCACGUUGUAGCUACUACGUCAGCCGCCACACCAAUAUUUACGUCAACUGCAUACAACUGGAUGCCUACCACAAAGCAAACGGCAACAACGAUGUCGACUUCAACAAGUACCAUCAACAGCACAGUUUUAGGUUGCGUCGAUCUCUACUAUCCCGAACACUGGGAAACAAUCGGACCCAACAUUCAACAUAUGAAGAUCCAACCAAUUCUUAAUCAUGCUUUGGUGUAUUGUCAACCUGGUUAUAACGCAUUCCUGGCUAGCCAACACACAUACUCAGACCACUUUCAAAUCACGUGCAGAGAUGGUGCCUGGAAAUCCCACUCGAUUUGCCAGAAGAUAGAUGCAGUACAUCUGAUCGGAUAGCAAAUCGUCUUUGACAUAGAACUGGAAUAUUGUGCUGCGGUUAAAUAAGUAUAGGGCAAUAAUAACUUUGUAAAUUAUUUGUGUCGUUGGUCAUCCAGCUCUUGUUUUUUUUUGUAAUAAGUACACAACUUCUGUUGAAAAACGAACUAAUCAAUUAAUACAUUUGUAAGACAAUUGUGGAAGAAUUCAUUGUUGUUCUAUUUGUAAAACAGAUGGCCGUCAGAGUGUGUAAGGUUACCCAAACAUAAAAUAAUGUUUUAAAGGUAUCUUUUCACGGUUUGGUAAAUUGACAAAAUUGAAAAAAGUUGUUUCAGAUUAGCAAAUUUUCGGUCUAGUUAUGAUAUUUGUGAGGAAACAAUAUUACUAAACAUUCGCCAUGGUCUAAUAUAGCCAUUAAUUGCAUCUUUUGACGAUUCAAAAACCUAAAAAUUAUAAAGCGUUGCAACGCGAAACGAUUGAAUAAUUUGGAGAGUUCUGUUGCUGUCGUUUAAAUUUGUGAAACUACGAAUUUUUCUUAUAUAAAGUAUAAAAUACGCUUUUUAUGCAAGCUUGACAGGAUAGCUCAGUUGGCUAAUGCGUUUUUACUUCAGGAUUCUGGGGGUCACUGGUUCGAGCCGUGCGGCGGUCUUUUUUUUUUCCCUUUUUCAAAUUUUAUUUUUGAUUUUUACUGGAGCUUUUAAAAUUUAAUGUUUACAUUUAUCAAUAAAUAUCAUUUAAUGACAAACUUCAAAACAUGCCAAAAUCUGUGAAAAGGCCCCUUUAAAGGGAUAGAAGACUAUACACCAAAACUCAAAUUUUUGAGGUAGCUUCAUAUCAGUCAAUAACAGUUAUUUGAACUUAUUUGAACUUAUUUGAACUUAUCAUCUAACUGACAUUCAGAUGCAACGAAGAAAAUAAAAUAAUAUUCAUUAUAAUACAUGCUUUUGCAAAUAUAAUUGUAGGCGUUAAUCGCGAAAUGAAACAUUGCACAUAAUUCAUUAAUGCAUAACUGUAAGUGUAGAUGUUCAUAUAUAUCAUGGACAAUUCAAUUUACCAUACUGUGGAAAUUGUUAGCAUAAUUGGAGAUGUUUAAUUAAAUUCAAUAUAUUACAUUUAAGAGUCGUUUAUAUGAGUUCCACAUGACUGACAAUACCAAACACUCAAACAUGAAUUACUUAAAUGUCAUCAUUACCAAAUAUUCACGCAAAACGUAGAUGUUUUACAUAUUCCUUCACACUUACACUUACAUACGCACAUUUCUAAAUUGUAUUUUAGAUCGGUUAUCAAAACAUUUACGCGUGUUGUUUUAAAGAUGCUAUAAACAGGCGAUCGAUGUCCUGAAAGUACAGGUUUUAAUCAAUGAACAAGUUGUUGACACGUUUGACAAGUUUAGCUCGACCGAUGAAAUUGUAGUGUCAUUGUGAAGUUUUUUCACUGGACUCACAUCAAUGUUUAUGAAACUAUAUUGAAUCUAUAAAAAAAACUACUCUUUGCUUUGAAUAAAUAGAAUUAGAGAAAAUAAAGUAAAUACGCAUAUUUGACCAACAUUGGAACAAUUUUGAACCAACCACUGUUCUUUUUCAAAUUAGUUAACAUACCUAAAUCUAUGUAUAUUUUGCAUUAGACAAGGAUGUAUGCUAUUAUUGAUAAUAUUACUUUUUUUAAACAACGAUUAUUUGGCUUUUUCUUAUUUAAUAUUUAAUAAAACAUCAAAGUAUAGUUCUCAACAAAGAAAGUUCACAUUAUUACACUAGUUUGAAUAGAUUGAUGUUGAAAUAUGUAUUAAAAUAAAUAUAUUAAUUUAUGUACUGCUCUAAAACCACAAAUUAUAAAAGUGUACUGUUUAAUAUGUAAAGGCGAAGAUUUAUUAUCUGCUAAGUUUGUUCAAAACCUGUUUAUGGUGUGAACAUGUGUCUCGCCGCGGGUUUCAUAUUGAAAAUAUCGAUUUGUAUUGCAAAAUGACGUGAAUGAUUUUCCACGAUGAAAACACGAGGCCCGAUGGUGUAAAAUACAGUAUGACCCGCCUUAUGCUAUCCGUGUCCGCCUUGAAAGGGAACCAGACAAGCGAGUUGACUUCAAGUUCUGUAAAAUUCAACUUCAAGGGAGGGUGACUUUCCACACAACAUCCAGCUACAUGAUAUAUGAAGACACAGGCUUCGAUAGAACGACGCUGUAAAUAUUCACCCGAAAGCAAACAAUAUUAACAAUUUGCGGCUCGUGUGUUUAAGUUUAAGGUUUAAAGUUUUGCGUGUUAUUCAAUCGGUAUAAACAAUAAUUUGAAUUCAAAGUUUUAAGGCGGGUACCAUAUAUAAAAUCGUGUUAUGUUUUAUUGCAUGUUUGUGUCGUCAUGUAUUGUAUAGGCUAUUCGCCACUUGCCUCAAAUAACUAAAGGAUUAAUACGAAUUUAUCUCAAAGACAUUUGUCUACAGUUUCGUGAUUCCUACAUCACGCCGGGUAUGCGAAUACUUCGUUGACGGAUGGCACUUCACUAACAGAGAACAACAAACGCCACGCGCGAGAGGUAAGUUCCACUGUUUUAUUUAAAGUUAUAUCCUAAAGAUUAGUUUUUAAGACAAAACACAUGGUAGAGUUGAUAAAUGGUGUAUCCUUUUGUAUUGGGAAUACACAAUUUCACGGAAGAAUGGUACCGUUUUGCCCAAAAAAUAGAAAAUUCGAUCUGAAAACAGCAUAAACUGGAUGAACAGUAAACAUUUUAACAAAAUAAAACUACUUAGAAUUAUUGCACGAAAUUGUUUGCUAUUCCAGCAUGUAGAGCAAUCACUGUGCUUCAAAUACUGAAAUUUGGAUGGUAUUCAAUGAAAUAUUAACAAAGAUAGUGCAUGUUGUAAUAGGUGGCAUACAUAAAGUUGCAGGCACUUUGUUUACCGAUAAAGGGCACUUCAGAUUACGGAGACUUUCAACAAAGCGGGCACUCUAAUAACUGAGUUUUAUCUUCUACCUUAAAUGCAUUUAUUUAUAUUAUGGCUAUUCAUACGAAACAUUUUGAAAAUAUAUUUUUCAAAAAUCACAUUACUAUUAUUUUAUACUAUGUUUUUUAUACUUGCAAUUUUCAAAUAAGAUAAUAUGUAUUAUUAAAUAAAUGUGUACAUAAUGAACUUGUUUUUUAUUGGUUACUUGAGAUUCAGAGAAAUGAAAAUACAACGGAUAAUGCGGAUCAACACAAUCGUGUUUAAUUUUACUUAUAGCAGGGCUCUGGAUAACGGUAGUGAAGGGGUCUUUAUGAGGCAAAGACACAUUUGUUCUUCAUAAAAUCCUAUGUCGGUUGUGCUUAUUUUAAUCGAAUCAUCAAGACGAUACUUAUGCGUAGCAACAAAUUUAAAAAGAGAAUGGUAAAACUCCCUUAAUUUUGAGCCCUGCUUAUAGGGAGCACUUCCCUUUAAGCAACGCUAACGUUUGCUCGAAGUGCGAUUCACCUGACCCUAAAUCACUGUAUUAGUUGAGUUUAAAGAAACACGGGUAAAAUUAAAUCGUAAAAACAACUGAUUCUGGAAAAAAAGGAAUGCGUACAUAAAAUGUGUAAAUGUCAUAUUAUGGAGUCAGUACUUAGUAUACCCGCACAAACGAAGUUUAGGGUGCUAUAUAGGAUAGAACUUGUCUGUCUGUCGGUCGGUCCGUAUUAAGUGUCCGCUCUCUCGGUUUUCAUCCGAUCUUCACCAAACUUGGUCAGAAGUGGUAUCUAGAUGAUGUCUAUGUCAAGUUUGAAUAUUGGUCAUGACGGGUCAAAAACUAGGUCACGGGGUCACUUAGUGCGUUUUAAACAUUCAGCAUGGUGUCCGCUCUCUAAUUCAAGUAGUGUUCAUCCAAUAUUUGCCAAACAUGGUCAGAAGUUGUAUUAAGAUGAUGUCUUGGCCAAGUUUGAACAUGGGCCAUGCCGGGCCAAAAACUAGGUCACGGGGUCACUUGGUGCGUUUUUUAACAUUCAGCAUGGUGUCCGCUCUCUAAUUCAAGUAGUAUUCAUCAGAUAUUCACCAAACUUGGUCAGAAGUUGUAUCUUGAUGAUGUAUAGGCAAAGUUCAAACAUGGGCCAUGCGGGGUCAAAACUAAGUCAUGUGUCUUCAAAUGACGCUUCAAGUAGGCUUUCCUAGCAUAACUGGCCUCACAAAUUCCACACGAGAACCGUUCGCUUGUACACAAUUCUUCUUCUAAACUAAUGCCCAACAACGAACCGUCGGCGACAUUCAUAAGCUCCGAUUCACUCAUCCUGUAAUAAAUAAUUGUGUCACUUAUAUGCAACUUCAUAUGCAGCAUGUGUUGUGUUUAUAUUAAAAACAAAGACGGAUAUGCAUAACUUUUUACACCACUGUCGUGUGAUUAAAUCGACCCCGCCCGUUCUUUUAUUGCUAUUUUCGUUUACUGGCAUUGAACCAAAAAGUUCCAAUAGAAUUUCGGACCUGCAUCGCUGCUGAUGUUAAUCUCUGAGAGGCAGUUUAAGUAGAGUGAUUAUUCAUGACAUGCUAUCUAAUAUAUAAGUAAAUAGCCUUAGUACCUUCAUUUGGACAUAAAGAUAAAUGCUUUAGAUCAACCGUUUAGAACGUAAAUUUAUGGUCAUAUAGAUUUUACUCAUUAGACAUAGCCAAUUUGUUUAACAUUUAUCUUUCACAUUUAUACCAAAUCAUAAUCAUAUUUCAAAGGGAUAAGAACAUGCUUCGGUAAUUCGUUUUUUAUUUGCGUACUAAGUACAUACAUUUUUAUUUAUUGCCUGCUUACUUUAUCAGUAUUCCACAGCGAUUCACAAAAAACGAGUGUGUUAUAUCUGUAAAAAAGUGUCUAGAUGUCGGGAAACGAAGUGCCAUUGUUUUUUAGAUGAUCGGUAAACGAAGUGCAGAUGAAAAAUGUGCAUGCGACUCUUAAAACAUUUGAAUUUUCUCAAAUACAUUAGUAAACUAAAAUGUAACAUGUUGUAACAUUACUGGAUAUAUUGAUCUUUUAUUUCGAAUAGUAAGCACGUUCUUGAUUUAUUUCCAAGUAUGUUUAUUUUGUUAAAAUAUGUACUGAUCAUUCAAUUCAUGCUGAUUAUCGAUGGAAUUUUAUCGUUUUUUUAAUAAUUCACCGUUUUUCCGCGAAUUUCUUUCUUCGCAAUACGAAGUGCUAUACCAUUAAUCACCCAAACGAUGUUCUGUGUCUAAAAACCAAAUAAACAGAACAUAAAUACAAAAAAGCUGAAGAACUCACCUCUCGCGCGUGGCUUUUGUUCUUCUCUGUUAAUGAAGUGCCAUCCGUCAACGAAGUAUUCGCAUACCCGGCGUGUACAUAUUUACAUUGAUAACUGCAGGAAUAACGUUGUCAUUGUUUGUGUUCUAGUUUGUUUAAUGUACUCUUCAAAAUCUAUUCAAUUUGAACUAUAUGUAUUACGUUUUAAAAUAAAGGGUUGUGCAUGUU